CUUGGUGGUGGAGGUGUCGCCGGCAGCUUCGCCUUCGGUGACGGCCGAGGAGCCGGCGGUGCGGCCGUUGAUCGCGGCGGGUCUCGAGCCGCGAUUCAAACCGGCGGAUGCGGCACUGGAGGCCUCCUCUAGUGGGCCGCAAAGUCGAUGGGCCUGGUUCGGUCGGGCCGUGAUGGCUGUGCAGAAGGCGCCUCGCUGCGUCCCUUUCGACAACAUGCAGCAGUCGGCCGCGGUGACCCCAGCGUCGCUGCAGCUGACCACGGGCCUGCUGGCAUUGGGCCCGAUGCACCGGCCGGCUAUGCAGCAGCCGGCCAUGUCGCCACCUUCGUCGCAGCAGCCGACUUCGGAGGUCGAUACGCAGCUGCACGGUGCGGCGGAGGACGCUACGCUACCGCGCCAUCUGGAUGCGGGGCAGCGGACCUUGAGGGUCUCGUCGUGUCCCGCGGACGGACCCGUUGAGCCUGUGAUACCGCCUCCAUGGGCGGAGGGGCAGGCUGAUGGGACGAAGGGCGCUUCUUCUUCGACACCCUCUUCCCCCGCGAAGGGGGACUCGCCUGGGGCUGCUGUGAUACAGGGGGCUACAUCACCUUCUACCCUUGUAUCGACGACCUCUUCUCCCUCACCGGCUUGGUCUCCACCGCCCUCGACUUCUCCAUCGCGGGUAUCCACCCUGCAGCAGCCGCCACCCACGGUCCCUCCUCCCGUUGUUCAACUGACGGUGAGGCGGAGUGGGAGGUACGCUCUUGCGGUGGAUGGGGCGGGGCCGACGGAUGAGGAUGCCAUGCAGAGAGCCAUGCGGCGUAAGGCUGAGAAGAACCUCGACACGGCAGGUCAUCUACAGAUGUACAGGUAUUCUCCGUUCAUGGUUACCUCUACAGCGAGUGGAGAACCGACAGCUAUUUACGGAGGUCUGUACACGGUUGGAGGCUACGGCGAGGGAUACUUUUUCCCUACAUGGGUGGCAGCAUAGUCUACGGAUAGAUGCCCCACCUACACUUUAGGCGUUAUAUGAUUCAUCGUUCCGAUAUGUAUCUCGCCUAGUUUUUAUUAUUUAUCCUUUUGGACUUGAGACAACAAAACGGCUGUGUGCAUCCUGGUUAUGCAGAGGCUGGAUGUAAUUGCUUAUUAAAGUAAUAAAACAUCCUUUAUCGAAAAAA